AUGGACUCGGAUCAAUUCAGAAAAGCUGCUCACGCGGCCAUUGAAGAAAUCAUUGCCUACAACCAGGAGCUCCCCAAUUACCCUGUGCUGCCGACCAUCAAGCCGGGAUUCCUCGCACCACAGUUGCCAUCAUCAGCACCAGAGAAGCCAGAAACAUGGUCAGAGAUCCAGUCGGACAUUGCGUCCAAAAUCGUGCCGGGUAUCACUCACUGGCAGUCGCCCAACUUCAUGGCCUUUUUCCCUGCUGGCGUCACUUACCCGUCCAUGCUCGGGGAGAUGUACUCUGCCGCGUUCACGGCCCCUGCGUUCAAUUGGCUGUGCAGUCCCGCGUGCACGGAACUGGAAACUGUGGUGAUGGACUGGCUGGCCCAGGCCUUCCAGCUGCCCAAGGAGUUUCUUAGCACGGGUGAAAGUGGCGGUGGAGGCACCAUUCAGGGCAGUGCGAGUGAAGCGGUCGUAACCUGCAUGGUCGCUGCGAGGGAGAGGUAUCUGCACACCAAGUGUGAUGCCGAGGGCCUGAAACCUGGGUCUCCAGAGAGAGAGGAUCGCAUCGCUUUCCUGAGGGGACGGCUGAUUGCCUUGUCGAGUGAUCAAGCACAUUCCUCGACCGCAAAGGGGGCUUUAAUCGCGGGUACUCGGUAUAGGUCUAUUCCGACAAAGCUCGAAAACGAGUUGUCCUUGAUGAGAGAAGAGCUGGAAGCUGCCUUGGAGCAAUGCAAGGCUGAAGGUCUCGAACCCUACUACAUCACCCUGACGCUGGGCACGACCUCGACAUGUACAGUUGACGACUUCGCGGGCCUCGCACCAGUUCUCAAAGCCAACCCAAAUCUUUGGGUUCACAUUGAUGCGGCCUACGCUGGAGCUGCUUUGAUCUGUCCCGAAUACUCCUCAAAGUACUCUUCACAAAUGAUCAUCGCCGAUUCGUUCAACAUGAACAUGCACAAAUGGCUCCUCGUCAACUUUGACGCGUCCUGUCUGUUCGUCCAGAAUAGGAACCAUUUGACCCGUGCACUGUCCAUAUCGGCAGCCUAUUAUACGAACAAACAUUCGGACAGUGGCCUGGUCACGGAUUAUCGAGACUGGCAGAUCCCGCUGGGAAGACGAUUUCGCGCACUGAAAAUCUGGUUUGUGAUGCGGAGUUACGGCCUAGAAGGGAUGAGAGAACACAUCAGAAAGUCGGUGGAGAGAGGCGAGGUCUUUGCUGAUCUUGUCCGUGGGCGAAGUGAUGUGUUCGAGCUUGUCGCAGCGCCGCGAUUUGGAUUGACCUGUUUCCGUGUCAAACCAUCCGCUCUGGCAGAGCAGGCCAAUACAGCGGAGACGAAUGCAGACUUUGUGCCCCAAACUGCAGCCAUGCAGCAAAGAGAACAGGACGCAAAUGAGGUGACGAAGCACAUUGGAGAGUUGAUCAACGAGCGAGGUCAGAUUUUCAUCACCUGCAGCAGCACGGCGGGCAAAUCCUUCAUGCGAGUUGUUAGUGGCAACCCGCAGGCCGAGGAGAAAUACAUAAGAGCGGCGUUUGAGAUUAUCGCGAAAACAACGGACGAGGUCAUCGCCUCGAGGAAGCCGGUGAAUGAGAUGAAUUGA